AUGUCGUCUCCUCAGCAACUCCGAACCACGACCACCGAUCUCCUGAAGAUCAAGCACCCGGUCCUGUUGGCGGGCAUGAACGUGGCCGCCGGCCCCAAAUUGGCCGCCGCAGUUACCAAUGCUGGAGGUCUUGGUGUCAUUGGUGGUGUUGGAUAUACCCCAGAUAUGCUCCGGGAACAGGUCGCCGAGCUCAAAAGCCAUCUCAAUGACAAGAAUGCUCCCUUUGGUGUCGAUCUUCUCCUGCCUCAAGUCGGCGGAAAUGCAAGAAAGACAAACUACGACUAUACCAAGGGCAAACUCAAUGAGCUGAUUGAUAUCAUCAUUGACUCGGGCGCGAAGCUUUUCGUCUCUGCCGUCGGUGUUCCGCCGAAGGAAGUUGUGGACAAGCUCCACAGAAAUGGCAUUCUCUACAUGAACAUGAUCGGCCACGUCAAGCACGUGAAGAAAUGCCUUGACCUGGGCGUCGACCUGAUAUGCGCUCAGGGUGGUGAAGGCGGUGGUCACACCGGUGAUACACCCACCUCGGUGCUCAUCCCUGCUGUCGCCAAACUAUGCGCCGAAGCCCCGCCCUCCAAAUUCACCGGCCAACCCGUCCAAUGUAUUGCGGCGGGAGGUAUUUUCUGUGGCGCGUCCCUGGCAUCGGCCCUGAUGCUCGGUGCCUCAGCGGUUUGGGUCGGAACACGCUUCGUGCUUUCCGAGGAAGCUGGUGCACCCAAAGCACACCAGGAGGCCGUCCGAACCGCCGGCUUCGAUGAUAAUAUUCGAACUAUCAUUUUCACCGGACGGCCUCUACGGGUCAGAAACAAUGAAUACAUUAAGAACUGGGAAGAGAAUCGGCAAGCUGAGAUCAAGGCGUUGACGGAGAAAGGCGUCAUUCCGGUCGAACACGACUUCGAGACCAAGGGUGACGACCUGUCCGAUGAGGACAUGGAGAACGCUCGCCCCUUCCUGAUGGGCAAGGCCGCCGCGGUGGUCAAUGAGAAGAAAUCCGCCCGUGAAAUCGUCGACGAGUUUGUCAAUGACGCCGUCAAAUGCUUGCAGACGGGUAAUGCCUUGAUUGUCUCGAAGAGCAAACUAUGA